UGUCUCAGUGAAUGGGAGUCACAACUCUGGUGUGUGAUCGUCUGAGUGUGAGGGUAAAACAGAGAGAGAGCAGGCGCCUGUUUCUACUUGUGCCGUCCGCUGAGGCUGCUGUGAGGCUUGCCACAUCUGAACCCCUCUCUUGUUAGACUCAGCUGGAGCUUUCCGCCGCUCUGAGCAGCCGUUGGCUCUGAGUGCACGAUUCUGUGAAUGGGAUGGCACGAAGAGAUGCUUGCUGAGGAGUGACUGAUGAGAACCAGCGCUCCAACGUGGAUGGUGACCCCCCUGUGUCUGUGCCACCACUACUCGGGGAGAUUUAGGCGCCUGGCGUUUCCACGACGACUAUAAUGGGCUGCAAUCUGUGCACUUUACAGAAGAGAGAGGAACACUACAAGCUGCUGUAUGAAAUUGCACAGGUAAAUGGGAAGGAGUUGUCAAAAUCGAGCCAUGAUGAGACUGUGGAGGCCUUCCGAGCUUCCAGGGACCCUGUCGUUGUGCAGGUCAUCAGGCGUACCCCCAGUGGCCGCCCUCACGGCCCCCCUCAGGAAAUCCAUGUGGUGGAUGUUUGCACACAGACAGACAUCACCUUUGAGCACAUCAUGGCGCUGGCAAAACUCCAGCCUUCGACCCCUCCUGUGCCUGAUGUCUGUCCCUUCCUGCUCUCUGACAG